UCGCUCCGCCUCAGCCUGAUCCCACAAUGCCCCGGCGAUGACUUCACAAAAUGGCGGCGCCCGGGAGGCGGAUCGUGGCCUGAGACCGUUAAUUGAUGUCACAAACUAAUCUCGGCGCCAUGGCUGAAGAAGGAACCAGUGUAUCUCCUGGAGUUGUUCAAAGCGAGACAUGUGAGCUAACGGAUUCAAGAGUGAUGGAGGAAAGUGAAAAGUCCAGCCCCCCGGAUGAAACUCAGGUGCAAACUGAUGAGCCUGGGGAAGACGUCUAUCGAUAUAUCAAAGGCGAUCUUUUCACAUCUGAGAUUUACAAGAUUGAAAUUCAGAACCUCCCAAAGUUCGUGAGCUUCAGUGAUUUAAGGAAAUUCCUCAGCAGGAAUAAACUGGUUCCACAUAAAAUCAAACUAUUUGGAAAGCAACCUUAUGCAUUUGUGACUUUUAAAGAAGAAAAAGAUCGAGACCAAGCCAUGGAAGUCCUUCAGGGGCAAGUCUGGAAGAACAGGAAUUUGCGUGUCCGAUUAGCAAAGCCAAAAGCAGAUCCUAUUGCCAAAAAACGAAAGCAGGAAGGCCAGGAGAAUGAUGAUCAUGACCUGAAACGUCCGGCUGCUGUGGAAGUUUUAGAUAGACCUUUAAGUGAGCAAAUCGCAGAUGUUGUGACCCCUCUGUGGAAAGUUCCCUAUGAAGAGCAAUUGAAAAAGAAAGAGCAGAAUGUCUUGCACGUCUUGGGAACAUUGACCACUGAAAUAGGAGUCCAUAAUCGAGCCUUGGUGCCAUGGGUUUUUCAGCAGAAAAAGAUGUAUGGUGGAACCUGUUGCCCAUUGGAGGGAGUGAGGCCGUCACCGGUGCAGACUGAAUACCGUAACAAGUGCGAGUUUCUCAUUGGAGUUGGAGCAGAUGGUGAAGAUAAAACUGUGGGAUGUCGCUUGGGUAAAUACAAGGGAGGAUCGUGUGCAGUUGUAGAGCCAUUUGAUACUGUUCAUAUUCCAGCCAAAACAAAGGAGGUUGUCAAGGCAUUUCAGAAAUAUAUAAGGUCAUCUCCUUAUUGUGUGUACAGCCCAGAAACCUAUGAAGGCCACUGGAAGCAAUUGACUGUACGCAUCUCCAGAGCCAAGCAAAUUAUGGCCAUCGUUUACUUCAACCCUCAGAAACUAACUAAAGCAGAACUAGCAGAACUACAAGGCGAAUUGGCCAAAUAUUUCACUGAAGGAGAUGGGAAAGAUUGUGGAGUGACUUCACUUUACUUUGCAGAAGAGGGGCAGAGAAAAUCUCCAAACUUGGAAGACCUUCCCUUGGACCAUGUGCACGGAGACAAGUACAUUUACGAGCAUCUCCUGGGACUCAAAUUCCGGAUUUCCCCUCAUGCGUUUUUCCAGGUGAACACCCUGGCUGCAGAAGUGCUUUAUUCAGCAGUCAGAGACUGGGCCAAACUGAACCAAGACAGCACGGUGUUGGAUGUUUGCUGCGGUACUGGAACUAUUGGGCUUUCUCUGGCAAAGAAUGUGAAGAAUGUCAUUGGAAUUGAAAUGUGCCAAGAAGCUAUAGAAGAUGCUAAAGUGAAUGCAGAAAUAAAUGGUCUGUCCAAUGUGGAAUUCUUGUGUGGGAAAGCGGAAGAUCUCUUUCCCACAGUAAUUAACUCUUUGACAUCGCAAAACCUGGUGGCUAUUGUGGACCCACCCAGAGCUGGACUACAUUCCAGAGUUGUACUGGCGAUAAGGAGGGCAGAACAUCUAAAGAGGCUCAUUUAUGUUGCCUGCAAUGCUCGAGCUGCUAUGAACAAUUUUGUGGAUCUUUGUCGCGCCCCAUCUCACAGAGUGAAAGGAUCUCCUUUCCGCCCUAUUAAAGCCUUGGCUGUCGAUCUCUUCCCACAUACCAUGUAUUACGAGCUGUUAAUAUUGUUUGAGAGAGUGGAAUGAUCACACACUCUAGAACUGAUCAAGGUGAAAGCUGAACGUGAACUCGAUUGUCUUAAAAACUAGGAUGUUUUAUUAAUGAUUUCAAAUAAGAUUGCAAAACUUAUUUCCUGUAAUGGAAUUUUUAAUUACUAUUAUGCAUAGUGUGCUCCCCAAGACAGCACAGUGACUAGUCAUGUUAGGACUUCUGUUGGAAUUGUGUAUGUAUAUCCCUCCUCGUAUGAAUUUGUUGGGAGCUAAAUAAACUCUGGUCAGUAUCUAA